AGCGAACGACACGGUACAACCGGUUUCGGUUCCGGCUCAGGUACUGAUGAAAAUUUAAGGAAAGAACUUUUCGAGUGCGGCGAAAAUGAUGUGCAGCGAUCACUAUCGCCAAGCAAGCCGCAUUACGAUCGCGAGUCUGGCGGCUUCUUGAGGGACGAACAGGACGUGGAGGUCCUUCGUGGACUACGUCGGAGAGACGUAAUCCGUCACGCAGAAACCUUCGACAAUGACGACAUUUUAGUGUGGAAAGGGACCACGCGACGCGAGAGCAAGCAACGGGUGCCAGCGUCAGCGGCCACCCGCAGCUUUUUGGCGGCAGCCGAAGAGCGAGCAACAACACGCGAAAGCAAGCUCUCAAGACCAGCUACAGCUGCCUCGCUGAUGCCGCCACACGGUAGCACAGCACGCACAGAAUGG